UACCGAGUUGCUACUAAAAUUCGUUUUUCUGGCUGUUUCUUUAACAUGUGUGAAUUCGUCCUCUAGUUGUAAACCAUGGUAAACCACAAACGAUCUGUUUUAGCAUGAAUAUUUUUUAUAAGCUGCAUAUCUGUAGCUCUUAUAAACAUAUCCACUGGUGACAUUAUAGUGUUAUAAUUCAACCGAUAUAAGCCUUCUGCAUAUGGACUUUUUAAAAUCUGCCUUACCUUUAUAUUCUGUACAAGAGGGUUCAUGUUCAGAAAAUAUAUUUUUUCUUUCUACAAUUCUUAUUUAGAGGAGAUUUAAAGCAGAAUAGAGCAUACUUAGAGAAGGGGUCGCAAAAGGUAAUGAUUUAACAAUGGUGAUAUAUAAAAAAGAAUAAUAAUUUACAUUUGGACAUAAGUUAAAUUUUUUUUUGCUUUAUGAUUUUUUAAUAUUUAAAGUUUCUGUCUUAAAAACUAUGUCUUUCUCAUAUUUAGCAAACAGCGCUUUGCAUGUUGCAUUCCGGACGACUUGCCACCCUUGUUUGAAUUGGCGAACUGAUAUUGCGCUCAAAGUCCAAAUGCAUAAUUAAUCGGAUUAUCAAUUACAGAAAAUUUAAUCUAAACCUAUGCGUGUUUAUGCUAUGUACAAAGAUGUAGACGAUCAGUCAACUGAAUUCUCAUUGGUGAAAUGGCAUGGAAGCCGGUAAACUCUGUUUGAAACUGGCGAACUCAAUCAUCUUCUCUGUCUUACGAUCAUGGUAAGAGCCAAACCGGGCUGUGUAAAUCUCGCUAAGAAACUUUUGAUUUUUUUUACGGUGAUAAAUAGGAUAUGCUAACGUUGGUAAUAAUGACUGUCAGACGAAAAUUCGCUGCAUAUUCAGCGAACAGCAAAAUGGCCAAAGGAUGACAACAUACGGCUGUCAGUUGAAGGAGAAAGUUGAUAUUUUGAAGAGAAUUAAAGGAAAAUGUCUCACAUUCAGUAUGUGGACGAAUUGGUCAAAGAAUAUCUGCUCUUCAGAGGUUUUAGCCAAACCUUGAAAGCUUUUGAUAACGACUUGAAAGCCGAGAAAGAAAAAGGCUUUAGGGUUGAUAAGAUCGUCGAUCAAUUGAUGCAAUACAUAUACAAUUAUGACUUAGCAUCUUUAAGAGAAUUAUGGGGACAUUUAGACAUGAGGAUGUUCUCCCGUUUGGAAAGUCAUUUUACACCAGCUGUGAGAAAACUAGAGAAUGCUGUUCUAAAAAUGUACUUGGUUAAUGCAGCAGUAAAUAAUAAACAAGAUCGGAUUCAAGAAUUUUUUACAAAAAUGACACCAGAGUUACAAGGACAUUCAGAGUGGAAAGAAUGGUUUGCAUUGCCAUUUGUUAAAAAUCCUGAAGACAAUCCAGCAUACUCUGUACAUUUUAGUAGACAAUGGCAGGACACUAUGUUAGUGUCCCUGCACAAUUUCCUUGCUACUAUUUUUCAAUGUAUGCCACAACCGACGUUGCUUGCGAUAGACGAGGACACAAAUAGAUUGAAACGGCUUCAAGAAGAGAAUGAAGUAUUGAAACAACGUUUAAGCGAGUCUGUUAAGAUAGAAAAUGUAAUGGAUGUAAAUCCAGGACCAGCUCCUCAGCAUCCACCACUCAUGGAUGACUUUUACAUUAUAGCACAAGAAUCUCCUUUAUUAGAGAAUCCAAAAACCUUAAGGAAUCUCAUAAGAAAUAUAGGCGGCGGUUCCAGUCCAAUUUUAAGUAGAAAGCCUGGGACAAGUAUAAGAAAAGUAGUAGAACCGGAAGUGACAUCAACAAAAAGAACCAAUACGAAAGGAAAAAUACAUUCGAUCAAUAAAUCCGAACCUGUUAGUAAAAGAAGUAUUAGUUGUGAUUCAAGAUUAACAAGCUCUAGAAAAAGAGAUUCGUCUAUCGAUGCAGUAGCUGAGCGAAAGGCUAAAGAUAAAAUCGAUUCCACUUACAUUCUUCUUAGUCAGGAAGAGUAUACGGAACAUAAAACAUCAAUAAUUCAAUGUAAAAGUAAUGCAAGUGGCUCCUACGUAGCUACAGGUGAUGCAGACGGUAUUAUUAAAGUAUGGACCCCGAUACCUUCACCAAAAACUGUUACUACAUUUAUCUCUGCUCCAGCAAACUCAAACAAAGCAAUUACUGCGUUAGACUGGAUAUCAAAAAAUGAGCGUUAUUUUUUACAUGGUGAUAACAAUGGAUUGAUUCAAUUACAUGAUACUCGUGAUUGCAAAACCUUAUGGGACAUUCAACAUGAGAACUCUCGAAUCAUUACUUUGUUAUGCAAUCCAACGGAAUCCACAUUUGUAUGUUCUGUAUCAGAUUCGAACGAAGGAAAAUUAUUAUUGUACGACAUAAAAACAAGAAAAUUAGAAAGAACUUUACCUAUGGAACAAAAUGUAACUGCGUUGUGUUCCGCAUUUAAUCAUAACGGGCAGCUCCUUAUCACAGGGUUAUCCAAUGGAAAUAUUUUAAUACAUGAUUUAAGACGGAACGAAAUUAUUGAUAAUAUAAGCUGUCAUUCGAGUCCAGUUAUUGAUAUAGAACUAAUUAAUGAUUAUACAAAUAUCUGUACACAAAGUGAGGAUGGAAAAUUGUGUCAAAGAAGUUUGAAUCAUUCAGGAAAGAUUUUAUGGGAAACGAAAAUCAAGGUAGAGAAAAACACAGUUCAUGGAAAAUUGUUCACUUUUGACCAAAGCGGUAACUAUAUGCUACUUUGUACACAAACUGGAGGAAAUAUAUAUAAAAUGCCACCAGGUGCACAAGCAAAGAUUUUAGAAUUAGGCGGACAUAAAGGUACACUUUGCUGCGACUGGUCUACCGCCAAUCAAUCCGGAACGUGUAUAACUGGUGGUGCGGAAGGGAAAGUACGCGUAUCGACGUUGCUCUCACCAUGAUACAGAAGCAAAAUUAGUAUCUGUGUGAAUUCAUGAAAUAAUGUGUAAAAUUUCUAAAACUAGCUCAAAUUUGUAGAUACUAAAUAUAUAUCUAGAAUACUGAACGUCAAGACGAAACUUUUUAAUCAUUAUGUUGCAUAAUGAAAUCAUUUUAAAAAAAAAUAUUCAAAGUAAGGUAAAAUUAAAGAAAAGAUCCAAAUAUUUUAUGAAGAGUACAAUGAAAGCAAACGUAUCAUGCGUUAAUGCAAAAUCAAGUGUAUUAUAAUCCUAUCUUUAAAAUGGAAUCAGGGACUACCAAUUGUAAAAUGUACAGGAACUAAUAUAAUUGUAAAGAAAGGAUACAUAAGGUACCUAUGAAUGUCGCGUUAAUUAAUAGGACACAUGAUCGAACGACUUUGUAAAAAAAAAGAAUAAAAUUCUAAUAAUUUAUGUAGCGAUAUAAUGUGUACACCUAAUAUUAAAAAUCUAAGAUACACCUGUAAGAGGUACGGGAAUUUGUCAAUAAAUAUUGGGCAAUUUUAAAACA